AUGGAGUCAACCAGUGACUCAGGCCAUUCAGAUAAGACUAUUGACUUCUUGUUUGUGGCGCAGGAGGAACAAAGUUCCGUAGGGGAAGCGCCCCUCCAUGAAUGGGCAUCGUAUAUAGCUCCCGUAGUAAAAGAAAAUAAAAAGAGACAGCUCAAUGCCGAAGGACUCUACGAUCCAGGAAGUGGACUCCUAUGUAACAAAUAUCUAGCAGUGUCAGACAGCUCAAUAUUUAGACAUUUAUAUUAUAACUACCCAGGUGUUUCUGAUCCUGGUAUAAAAGAAGCCCUUCUUUUAUCUGAGAAGCCAGUUGUAUACCCAGACGACGGCCAAGAUCUAUAUUUAGACUUAUGCAAAGAAAUGAAUAGUUGUCCAGUGAGAAUGUUCCACAGAAACUUAAUGAACUCGGAAAUAAAUAUAAGUUAUUAUGGAGUAAACCCACAAGGUGUUCGUGCCAUGGCAAAGGCUUUACAAUAUAACAAAAAUGUGUGCACAUUUAAUCUAACUGGCAAUUUUCUUAAUGACGAUGCAUGUUACCAUCUAGGUCGAAUGUUAGCCACCAAUAAUACACUGACUGAGCUGAUCCUGGACGGCUGUCGUAUUGGCGCCUCGGGUAUACUUCGGUUGGGUGACAACUUCCGUCUAAAUAGAACAUUGGAGCACCUGAGCCUUGCUAACAACGAGCUUGGCGAGGCCGGUGGCCUUCAUUUUGCUCAACAGGUAUUUGAAGGUGCGACCGUCAAACGAGUCAAUUUAAAGAAGAACCAGCUUGGCAGACAGACCGCAUUGGCACUGGCAGAGGUUUGGGAGUGGAAGAACAGAUUUACUUGUCUAGAUCUUUCCUGGAAUAAUUUCUUCCAUGUGCCGUCUAUGGUAAAAAUGCUGGAUCAAUUGGCGUUAAGCGAAUGGUUAGUGGAAUUAAAUUUGAGUUUUAAUUCUCUAGAAGGAGAACGUGUGGCUAACGCUAUUAAAAAUAUUCUCCUUAUACCGACGUUGGCAGUGCUAAACUUGAGCCACAAUAAGUUGCAAAAGGAAGCAAUAGAAAUAAUAAUAUCUAACUUGAUUUCGGCUAAGAAAUUAACAACGUUCGACCUGUCCUACAAUCCUUUGACUCCGCAAGAUGCUCAGGCUGUGUUGCAAAAAAUGUUACGACCUCGAAUCAAAAUAACUAGCUUAGUGAUGAAAGGCGUUUGUGUUCAGAAGCCAUUCUUAGCUUUGCUUGCGAGAGUAAAAAGGAUGAAAAGUCGCAAAAACUUCGAAUGUUACUUUGACACCGUAUUACAAAACUGGACUAUCGUGGAGCCCGAUGCUAGAGAACUGAUUCUGCAACGAGCUCAGUACCUCGGGAAGUCUGGCAGGAAGAAUAAAGUGGACACAGCCUUAUAUUUCCUAAAAUUGGCAAAGGAGUACGAUAGAUCUGUUACUCCCAAAGACUUCAUCGAACGAAUAGCUGAAGACCGUGUGGCUAUCGAUGAUGAUCUAAUAGAAGAGUUAUCAUGGGUAUUCCCAGGGCCAAAGACACCUAAAUCAAGAACUAUAAAUUUAAAUUUAGUGUGCGAGUUUAUACAGCGGUUGUGGCCGGAUAAGCAGCUGCCGCCGACACCUCCUCCCGAGCCUGAGCCCGAGCCUGAACCCGAGCCGCCGCCACCUCCGCCGAAGGGGAAGGGGAAAAAGAAAGGCAAAUAA